AUGCCCGUCAACCGCACUACUCUCCACCGGGCAAUGAUCUGGCCACGCCGACGAACAACACCACCAUGGCCCUCGCGAACAUGUCUCAGGGACGAAGCCAAAACCACAGUCUCCAUCCUCCUCAGCUUGUGCAUGGGCGCCUCGACACUGGCAACAAUCACCUUUGCCAACGCGGCCGCAGAAACGACGGGGGACCAAGCCCUCAUGUCGGGCCUCUCCAUCAUACUGGGUCUCGCGCAAUGGGGUUGCGCCAUGAUCUUUGGCCUCCACAAAUGCAUCCGUCCCCCGCCGGGGCAAACGGGCAACUUGGUGCUCUUAUACCCCGCCACGUGGGUUGCCAUGCAGGCCGUCUGCUUCGUCGCCGUCCAGUACAUGUGGCAGCGCGACUGGUCGCAGGUCACCAAGAACGCGGCCGUCACGUGGAUGGUUGUGAGUCUGGGGACCGUUGCACUUUGGACACAUGUCAUUCUCUGUCUGCUGGCCAAGAGAUAUCUUACAAAGAGAACGACGCGGCAUGCAGCGAGACCGGCUGAUCCGGCACCGGCGGUGCAGAUGGUGGUGAGAGACCGAAUCGCUGAUAUAGAGGAGGCUGUGAGCCCAGUUCAAGCUCCGCCAUACGUUGCUGUGAGGGAAGUGAAGAACGAGAACGUGCGCUUGGGCUGA